UCUUUCUACUCUAAUUAUCUCAUUCUUCCAUUAACUUUAACCCCACAAACACAAAAAACGAGUUUUCAAAUGAAGAAACCAAUCUUUUCCGCUCUCGUAUCAGUAUUACUCAUUUCAAUUACAAAACUCUUGCAUUCUUAUUUCUCCCUACCCUUCUCACCAUUCAGUGUUUCCAUUCCUAUUAUCACGACCCUUUUUGUUCUAAUCAUAUGCAAAAUUUUCUUAACUUCUAAAACCCACUCUUCCACUCCACCAGGUCCUCUAUCAGUUCCUAUAUUUGGUAACUGGUUGCAAGUUGGCAAUGAUCUCAACCACCGUCUUCUAGCGUCAUUGUCACAGACCUAUGGUCCUGUGUCUCUACUCAAACUAGGUUCCAAAAACUUGGUUGUGGUCUCUGACCCCGAGCUUGCCACCCAAGUGCUCCAUUCACAAGGCGUGGAAUUUGGCUCGCGCCCACGAAAUGUUGUGUUUGAUAUCUUCACCGGGAACGGCCAAGACAUGGUUUUCACUGUUUAUGGCGACCACUGGCGCAAAAUGCGCAGAAUCAUGACGCUGCCAUUCUUCACCAACAAGGUUGUCCACAACUACAGCAGCAUGUGGGAGGAGGAGAUGGACUUGGUGGUGCGUGACCUCAACCUGAAUGAGAGAGUGAGGAGCGAAGGCAUUGUUAUCAGAAAGCGGCUUCAGUUGAUGCUAUACAAUAUCAUGUAUAGGAUGAUGUUUGACGCCAAGUUUGAGUCACAAGAGGAUCCUUUGUUCAUCCAGGCCACGAGGUUUAACUCCGAGAGAAGCCGUUUGGCACAGAGUUUUGAAUACAAUUAUGGGGAUUUCAUACCAUUGCUCAGACCAUUCUUGAGGGGAUACCUGAACAAGUGCAAGGACUUGCAAUCUAGGAGGCUUGCAUUUUUCAACACCCACUACGUUGAGAAAAGAAGGCAAAUAAUGGCUGCCAAUGGGGAGAAACACAGGAUCAGCUGUGCUAUUGAUCACAUCAUAGAUGCUCAGAUGAAGGGAGAAAUCAGUGAAGAGAAUGUGAUAUAUAUAGUAGAAAACAUCAACGUUGCAGCGAUUGAGACAACAUUAUGGUCCAUGGAAUGGGCGAUAGCAGAGCUGGUUAAUCAUCCGAGCGUGCAAAAGAAGAUACGUGAUGAGAUAUCAGAAGUGCUUAAAGGGGAGGCAGUGACGGAAUCCAACCUACACGAGCUCCCAUACUUACAAGCAACUGUGAAAGAAACACUGAGACUUCACACCCCGAUUCCUCUCUUGGUGCCUCACAUGAACCUGGAAGAAGCAAAGUUAGGAGGUUACACUAUACCAAAAGAGUCCAAGGUGGUGGUGAAUGCAUGGUGGCUUGCGAACAACCCAUCAUGGUGGAAGAAUCCAGAGGAGUUUAGGCCUGAAAGGUUUUUGGAAGAGGAGUGUGCAACAGAUGCUGUUGCAGGAGGAAAGGUUGAUUUCAGGUUCGUGCCAUUUGGUGUGGGAAGGAGGAGUUGCCCUGGAAUCAUACUUGCAUUACCAAUACUUGGACUAGUGAUUGCAAAGAUGGUGUCAAAUUUUGAGCUGAGUGCUCCAGAAGGAACAAAGAUAGAUGUGAGUGAAAAAGGAGGGCAAUUCAGUUUGCACAUUGCCAACCACUCCACUGUGUUGUUCCAUCCAAUUAGGACCCUGUGAUUUGGGUUACAGCAAGAACAGUUCUUAAAUCUACCGUUGCUUAAUUUCAAGAUGUAUUUGUCUUUCUUUCUACUUCAAUUGUAUACAGUAUAGUGCCUGUAAUGUUCCUCCAUAAGACAGUUUUAAUCUGCUGUUGUUACCACUAUUCAAAAGUAUAAAACACUUUUUUGUAACCUGUCAUA